CUGUGAUGUCACUCCCUACCACACCACUCAUACAAAGGCUUGAGGGAGAAACACACAUGCUCACACACACUAACUCAUUCUAGUCCACUCACACACACACACCAAGUAACUCCUGUUAACUCUUACUGGAUAAAACACACACAAAGACGCAGUCAUCGCGGGGGCAAGGAAUGAGCAGAGUCGAAACAAUUGGAGCCAGCUGCUAUAGGAAUUCUCUUCUGAGAAGAGGAAAAGGAAGAGGAAAAAACUGUACAAUCACAUUCGAAGGGGUGCGUCCUGUUUCACCUGCAAACAUAUACGCUUGUUUUUCUCAACAUCCUGUACCGGUCCCCACACACACUCGAAGAUGCUGCAGCAAAUUCUGGCCACCAUGUAUGUCGACCCGGACAUCCUGGAGGCGCUGAACGAGGAGCAGAAGAAGACGCUGUUCCUGAAGAUGAGAGAAGAGCAAGUGCGCCGCUGGAAGGAGAGAGAAGAGAAGGAAGAGCGGGAAGGCAAGAUGGAGAAGCCCAGGCCCAAAAAAGCUACUUUUAAAAAGGUGAGUUGGCUCCUAGGCCGAGAUGGUGACGUGCACGUGCGUGUUAUCGGCGAGACGGACGAGUUCAAGUCGUCCAAACUCCUGUCUGACCUCAGGGAACAAAAUGAAAACAACCUCAACAACACCAACAGACCUCAGACUACUGGACAUCUCAAAAGCAGCCUGGACAAGCCAGUGAUCCAGCAGGACAUCAGUAAACCUGGGAUAGAGCUACUCCUCAAUAAAACUGAAGAGAUGAACCACUCCAGCACCGUUCCAGAUAUCCAGAAAGAAAACAACACUCAAUCCACAGAGGAGCUGAAGAUCCAAAAGGUUGAGUCUUCAAAUCUAAAAACGGCAAACUCAUGCAGGUCGGACAGAGAGACGUCUGCAGUGGCGAGACCGAACCAGUUCAGUUUGCAGAAAAGCACUAUGGGGCAAGACGCACAAGAAAAAGGAGUGAUAAACGAACUGGGAAUCGGCUCUCCCUUCGGGAGCCGCGUGGCUCAGCUCAGGAUGAACUUUAACACGCCGAGCACUAAAGUCCCCUCGCCAUACACCAAACCACCCAUUCCCACUAAACCGGCUCAUCUGCUGACAGCUGCCUCCGUCAGAUAAACAGCACGGUGGAGGAAAGCAAACAACACGUCAGAUAGACAGCCGCCAUGGGUUCUCAAAUAAUUUAACAUUAGCAUACCUGUAUAUAAAUGCUGAAGCACAAAGCAGAGAAAAGGCCGCCAGUACCACCACCACCACACAUGGGACUUUCUUUAGCUGGCUGUUCGGAUAUUAAGAAGACUAUGGAGUCAAAGUGGAAGAAAUUAAAAGUGAUCUCCUGUAUGAUAUCAAAAGCUUUUCAAUCUCUCCACUGCAGCAAGUCUAUACGCACAGCCUGGAAUUUAGCAAUCACUUUUUUUCUUUUUUUUUUCCCCCCUUUUUCUUUUUUUUUUUAAUAAAUACACUAUUUUUAACUAGUGAAUGAUGGCCAAAGAUGUUUCUAAAUGUUUUCUACUUGUGUGUGUGCUUUGUAAAUAUGAUUACAUUGUGUCAAAAAUGCAAAUAAAACUUGUUGGGUUUCAAA